UUCCAUACUGUCAUAAUUUUCUUAAAUCAUCUCCAUAUCAUCUCCACUCCUUUAAAGAACAAAAACAUUAAAAAGAGAAGGGAGAGGUGGUGUUGUUAAAAAGAGAAGGGAGAGGUGGUGUUUUGGAGAAGAUAUAUAUAAACAAAUAGUAGUGUACAUAUAAUUAUAUAUACACAUAUUAUUUGCUAAAGAGAGAAGAUGGGAACGGUUGGAGAAAAAGAUAUUAAGAUCAGUAGAGUUUCUUCACAUGAUCAUGGAAAAGAGCUUGAUGCUGGUGCCCUCUUUGUUCUUAAAUCCAAAGGAUCAUGGGUGCAUUGUGGUUACCACUUGACAACUUCAAUAGUAGCUCCUCCUUUGUUAAGUCUUCCUUUUGCCUUUGUUUCACUUGGAUGGUGGGGCGGUAUCCUGUGUCUUGUCAUCGGAGCUCUGGUCACAUUUUACUCAUAUAACCUCUUGUCUAGGGUUCUCGAACACCACGCUCAGCUCGGCCGCCGCCAUCUCCGGUUCCGCGACAUGGCCAACGACAUUUUAGGACCAAGGUGGGGCAAAUAUUAUGUGGGACCAAUUCAAUUUAUGGUAUGCUAUGGUGCUGUCAUAGGUUCCACUCUUCUGGGAGGACAAUGUAUGAAAGCAAUAUAUUUGUUGUUAAACCCAAGUGGGACUAUGAAGCUAUAUGAAUUUGUAGUCAUAUUUGGAGGCCUAAUGUUGGUCUUAGCUCAAAUGCCAUCUUUUCACUCACUUAGGCAUAUCAACUUGAUUUCUCUGCUACUUUGCCUUGCCUAUAGUGCUUGUGCCACAGCUGGUUCCAUUUACAUAGGAAAUUCAUCUAAGGGACCAGAGAAAGACUAUUCGAUCAAUAGCGAUAAGGAAACGCGCAUUUUUGGCAUUUUUAAUGCAAUUGCUAUUAUUGCCACCACAUUUGGAAAUGGCAUAAUUCCUGAAAUUCAGGCAACAAUAGCGCCGCCGGUGAAAGGGAAGAUGUUUAAAGGGCUAUGCAUUUGUUACGCCAUGCUAUCAACAACUUUUUUCAGUGUAGCCAUUUCUGGAUAUUGGGCAUUUGGGAACAAAGCUGAGGGCCUCAUUCUCAGCAACUUUACACAUAAUGGCCAGAAUCUUGUCCCAAAGUCAUUUAUCUUCAUCACUAACAUUUUCACCAUUCUCCAAUUGUCCGCUGUUGCUGUGGUGUAUUUGCAGCCAACAAAUGAAGUACUAGAGAGAACAUUUGCUGAUCCAAAGAGCAGUGAAUUUUCUACCAGAAAUAUAAUUCCAAGACUAAUAUCUCGAUCAGUUUCAGUAAUCAUAUCGACUACAAUAGCAGCAAUGCUUCCAUUCUUUGGAGAUAUAAAUGCAGUGAUUGGAGCAUUUGGUUUCUUGCCUCUUGACUUUGUGUUGCCUGUUAUCUUCUACAACUUGACAUUCAAACCAUCAAAGAGAAGACCUAUUUUCUGGUUUAACAUGGCAAUAGCCCUUGUUUUUUCAGUCUUAGGAGUCAUAGCUGCUGUUGCUGCAGUCAGACAAAUUAGUCUUGAUGCCAAAACAUAUCGAUUAUUCGCAAAUGUCUAAGCAAAUGAACUAGUCCUAUGAUAGUAUCAUUUUCUUCUAUUCAAAUUAUAACUAGUCGUAGGACAUCUUGCUGCC